UAUCGCUCGAUACGCCUCGUCACCUCGCGGUAUGCCCCGUCACCUGUAGAGCAAGACCAACCGCCCCGGAACAUUGCUGCAACCGAACAACAGCUACACUCCUGACGUACAAGUCUCUAGAAGACACGUCCAAGCUCUUCUCGCCUUCUUGCUGGCCGGAUACACGCCCACCAACAACAAGCAGCCAGCGCAAUCAAGGCCGACGGCGGCGGCGGCUUUGUCGAGCGAAGACGAAAUUCGAGUAGCGGAGACGGAACGCGCGGGGAUUUGCGGCAGAGAGACAGCAGACACCUGUCUACCUGUAUAGAUCGCCAUCAUCACCGCUGAUAGCAGCGGCGACACUGAAAUGGUGCCCGGGGCUGGUGUGGUCCGCCACGGGAAGCGAAAGGCGGAGCACGAGCGCAACGCCUCGGCCUCCAAGAAGGUGAUGGAGGCGUACUACGGCCACGCCGGUCACGCCGGCGUGGUUGCCGGAGGCGGCCGCUCGUCUGGGGGUGACAACAGCGGGGAAGAGGCAACUGACGACGAGAGCGAAUUUUCCUCGGUGGACGGCAGAACAUCCCCCGCGCAGCAACCGGGCACCUGGGGGGCGGCACCCCGUCCCCAGCCGGGGAUGGGGGUGCGCUUCAGCCCGGAGGCUCACGGCCCCGCGGCAGCCGCGGCAGCGGCGGGCUUCAACAACGUGCCGGCGGCGCACGCUUUACAGCAGCAGAUGGUGGGCGGCGGUUCUACUCUAGGAUCGGCUGGAGCCAGCAACUGCAACGGCUGGUCCGCAUACGGGGGAGUCGGUGGCGGUGGUGGUAGUGGUGAUGGUGGGCACAGCAGCAGGCAACAACAGCAGCAGCAGGCGCAGCUGGAACACCAAUAUCGCCAACAGCAACUGCUGAUGUACCAGCAGCAGCAGCAACAGCAGGUAGAUGCAAGGAAGGCGUCCAGGGGCGGAGGACGUCCCGAAGGAGAUGAGUGGGGCUGGUUUGUAGACGCGGGGGAGCAGGAGCAGCAGCAAGCACAUCCAGGGCAGUGGGGGGUAAGACGAUCAGCUCGCUGACACAAGGAGACCCGGGUUCGGAAUAGUCUAAACUACCAGUGUACUCUUUGUGUUUUUUCUUCUCUUGGGAUUAGGGGUAUGCUGUACCGUUCACUCGCCGGUGUUGCGCGCGAGCAUUUAUCUUGCUGCUGAUGUGUCGUCGUCCGCCACAACUUGUCGGCCAGGGGCAAAAGGCAAAAGUAAGGUUGGCAUUUACGUAUUCUAGACCACCACCGCGGGUUCAGUGGACACCGACUCCUUUGACAUGAUUUGUGUUAUUUUGGGUUUAUGUCGUUUUUUUUUUGUGUCGCGCGGUGCUCUCUCCCUCCUGGUUUUGCUCUCUUCGUUGUCUUCUGUAUUUUCCGUACAGCGCAGUCCCUUCGCGCCUUGUUGUUGUCCAUCCCUGUGUCGUUUGUUUUUACCUAACCCCCCUUUACGAACGAAACCCUGCGCCUGCGCCAAGUCCUGCAAGAAUUACUUUGAAGUGAGAAUUAAGUAGGAACUCGAGGGUUUUUUGUUCGCGAGUGGCAUCGUGUCCUCGCACGUCUCCUGCUUCACAGCAGCAGGGCCCGCUGUUACACACAGCAUUUAUUGUGUGCGUACCGCCCUGGUAGGCCACUGAUGUGUGUCCCGCCCGCUGCGGCGUUUCAUGGUUCGUUCUUAAGUUUUAAGAAGAUACCACACACCCUGGACCGAUUCUUCGAAGCUGGCAGGAAAAAAUCAGUGACGGUGCCGACAAUGGCGGCGUUGGAACCGUUUCGUCGAGAGCUGUCCGAAAACGAUUCCUUUGAUUUCGGCACCCUCGUCGCCGUUGAGUAUUCGAGCUUCGAAAAUCGGUCAAGGGGGUGUGAUAUCUUACGCAUCCUACGGUAUGCUAUGCGUCGUACGAGUGUUUUCUUCGUGUUUUUUAGUCCCGACACGUGGCUUCACGUAUGUAUGUAUGCCUCGUGUGCUCGCGCACCAGCGGGAAGAAUAAGCAGCACUGGUUUCGGGUGUGUUGAAUGUCUUAGCCCCUCCCUCUCCCGCCGCCUGACUUCUUCCACGGUCCUCGACCACGUCGUGCUUUGGGUGAGACUUUUUUCCCAUUAAAAAUUUUCGUUACAAGGUAUUCCGAAGGCGCUGGGGGGUUAGACCACAUGUUUUCACCACAUGUUUAGGCCUGUGAUGCGACUUUGGGUGCAUGCGCUUUUGGGGUAAAAGGUUGAUGAGCAUUAGCUUGUACCAGUGUGUCCUGCUUUGUAAUGAUGUAUAAAAAGGGGAGGUUGCCGGAUGUUCAGUGACAGGUGUACCUCUCGACGGCGCUUCAAUUGCCUGCUGUCGGUUGAGAACCAGUUAUUACACGCAUUAUUGUGUAUUCGAGGCAGGAGAGUAGGUGCACAAGAGUGCUAGGCAACAAGCAACGUCUGCCGGCUUGAGGCACGAAGGGCAGCUUGUUUAUUACCGCAGGUAAACCCUCUGCAGUAGGUAAGCCUUGUGUUGUGUCGAGACUAGGGCAUGGUGGUGUUGAUGUGAAGGUUUGUAGUGUUACGUUUGGGUUAGUUUUGGGGUUGGGUGAUCUAUCUACCUGUGUAUCUCGGUACGAAGCACUCGAGUUUUCAUGUUGAUAUGCAUGGCACGCUAGCGUAUCUCGCAGCGCGGCCGGCUUCGGUUGGUUUUUCAAGCAGGCAGCCGCGCGCGGCGGGCGGAGAGAGGGGGCACCGUAGGUGGUACCAAUAGGUAUAUAUAGGUAUCACAUCACGUCGAUGUCUGGGUGUCGGUUGUAUUCCCUUGAGCCGGCAGAGGAAAUGCUUCUUCCGCUGCCAGUAUGAUUGUGGGUCACGAAGGUAAUCUGACAUUUGUAUCAUCGACAAAACCGCCUGCCUCAAUCCGUGGCCGGGUGAGUGGUCUUAUCGUGACGAUAUUUUACACAAAUCAUGACGAACGGCAGCCUUUUUGACACAACAAGGGGAGAAAAGGCGGUUUUUCAUGCGUAGCAGGGGGGGGGGCAACGGGAGCUGAGCUAGUGUGUACGUUUCCUUACAGGAGUAGAAGCUCGUCCAGAGCCUUGACGUGGAUUAUCGUGGUGACUACAGGAGUGAGAGUAUUCGAUUGCAUGUCCGGGGUGCGUGUGGAAUGAGUGUACCAUAGAGCACCAACAAAAGGAAACGAGGGGGGAACAGUUAGAGCAGUUUUUUUUCAUGGGUUGCCUCUGCGCAUCCAGGCAGAGAGAGAGAGAGUGCGAGUCAUAGGUGUUUUGGUGGAGAUAGGUGAGCAAGAGAGGUAGCUAAGUCAGCAAACACAUGAGAGUUUCAGGUGCGGUGGGUUGGUGCAGGUGGUUGCGCGCCACCACUUUCUGCGCUUUUCUGUGAUAGCGGGCAAGGUUGGGUUGAUGAGGGUUUGUUGGGCUGGCAAGUUCGGCAACCAACCACUGUGUAGGUGAUUGGGAUACAGGCAGGCCUCCAGCCGAUAUUCAUGUGUUUUUUUAGGGGGAAGCGUUGAGUCUUCUUGUUUUCUUUUCUUUGUGGGUUCGAGGGUUGAUAGUAUCACAACGCGCGCUGGUGUAUUUGAUACGGCACCGUCCGGUUGGUUUGUGGGAUAGGGGAUGAUGUGGCUUUGAGAAACGAGUGACUACCGUCAAUUAUGCGAUUUUGACGCUCCCGUUUGCGAGGAGUUAUAUUUUUUCCCGUGUUCUAUGGUGUUUUGUCUGGUGCUUCCUUGUGUGUGUCCCUUUCAUGUUGACUAGGGGAACGACUUCUUCGGUAGUUUCUGCUGGACUUGUUCUUGGGAGGCGUUUUGCUCGUUUUUUUUAUUCAACGUGCGGCGUCAAAAAAAAGCCGAAGAACUGUCUUCUGUAAAAAGGAAAAACACGGUUUGGUUUCAUGUGCGAGUGGGUGUGCCGUGUGUGCUUUCCCGUUGACCAAUCAUCGCGAGGUUGCCCCGAAAAUCUGCGCUUGCUUGCCUCGUCUGCAGCCUUCACGUGAUAACGCGGUGGCACAAAGAGAAGGAAACUACAAUAUAUAGCUCAUUCCAAGGGUCCUCA